CACAAAACUGCUGUGAGCCAGUCAAUCCUGGUUCGUCAGAAACUGAUUGAUUUCUGUUCGUCCUCUUCUUUUCGUCGUGCUGCAUGCUGGGCUGAUGCAUACUUGUGGAUUAUUCUCUACUAUCAACACCUAGGACACCCAUAGUCAAUAAGAAUGAAUUACUUCGGCGACGAGGUCCCCUCACCUGCUGAAGGCACUGGAGAAACAACAUCGUUUAGAGACAGCUCUCUGAUACAAUGGUCACAUCCUGUUGCCAGAAUGGCGUCGGCUAUGGCGGAGAAAUGCGUGGUGGCUGUGUCCCCUGAACAAGUAUCCAGUGCAGUGCAGCAGAUUCAGACGGUGCUGUUAGGAACUGACUCCAUUGCCAGAGGUGAUGAGCUUCAAAGGGCCAGCGAGUGUCUUCGCUCACCGUCUGCGUCGUCAUCCGAGGUCAUGCAGUCUCUGUCCAGUGCGCUAGAGAAGCAGCAACAGAUAAACCAGGCACACACGCAAAUGGUGCAGCUAAACUCUUUCGUCAACGUUGCCAAUUACGCCCGGCAUCAGAAAGUUGAGCAAGCACUGGUUGAAGGGCACCGGCAUUUAAAUCGCCUCUCAGAACACAUGGUCGCACAGGCCGAAACUAUAGAUGGUCUUGAGACGUCAGUGGAUGGACUGAGACAAGAAGUAGCUGUGCAACGACAGGUGUCUGGCCGCCUCUCCAUGUCUCUAGAAGAGCAAGGAGAGAUGAUCCGUGAUUCGAUCAAGGAGCAACGUCUUGAGCUGGACCAGCAAAGCGCUAUUCUCGCCCAGCAACAACAUCUUCUAGAGCGUGUGAUGAAAAAUAAACUACGGCAAGACUGUGUCAUUGAUUGCGGGCUUGUUGCAGGGAGCAUGAUUGCUGUCAACACUCUGUUCUUCACAUUACCACUUGGUCUCAUUCUAACCGCAAUUCCACAGCCAAGAUUUCGCAAAUGGCUACGGCAAUUCAUCAAGUUGGCAGCAGCGUCUCGGAUGUUUCUGAUGCUGCGACCGUAUGUCAUCAAAGUUGGCGCACACAGUGGCACUGGUGCGCUUUUACCCUAUGCCAAGGAAGGAGCCGUCACCAUGAUGCAUUUCUUGCGGUUCCUCAUGAGACACGCACGCCAUGGUCUGCAGCAGUCAAUGCGCCGGUUGCGCAGCAGAUGAAAGCCGAGGAGGGAGAUCCGCUGCAGCGCUGCCUCUUCUACACACAAUCAGGUACACUCAUUUUCACGUGCGUACACGUCGAGCGCAAUACAAAUGUGCAGACUGGCAGACAAUACACAUGUGCAGACUGGCAGACAAUACACAUGUGCAGACUGGCAGACAAUACACAUGUGCAGACUGGCAGA